AACUUAUCGGGCGAUGACAAAAAAAUUAAAAUUAUGCCUGCAAUGGAAAUUGGUGGCAGCAAACGGAGCAACGACUUAAAGAUUGACAUGAAGGAUGAUAUCUACACAUCAUCGCAAGAGGACUUAAAAAAAUUGCAAAAUGAUACAAUAUUAAAGAGAAUACCUGCAGGUGCAGAGGCCACCACUGUACUGGUUGGUCCUGUAGACUUUCUUACACAACCCACAAUCGCGUUUGUGCGUUUGGCCGAAGGUGUGCUCAUGCCAAAUAUUACUGAAGUGCCAGUACCAGUACGUUUCAUGUUUAUAUUACUGGGGCCAGUUACAUUUGACUUAGAUUAUCAUGAAGUUGGUCGUUCAAUUGCUACUUUAAUGGCUAACGAACCAUUUCAUCAUAUAGCAUACAAGGCUGAUGAUCGUAAAGAUUUAUUGUCUGCCAUAAAUGAAUUUUUAGAUGAUUCAAUUGUGUUGCCACCGGGUAAUUGGGAUCGUCAUGAUCUGUUGCCAUUCGAAGAAUUGAAAGCCAAAAAGGAUUGGAUUCGUUCACGUAAAACUAAAGCACUGCAGGUUAAACAAGAACUUAAGGAGAAAGCGCAAGAAGAAUCUAAAAUUCUGAUUGAAAAGAAAAUUAGUGAUGAUGGUGAAAAGAAGAAACCCAACCCACUUGAAAAGACUCAUCGCCUUUGGGGUGGCCUACGUAAUGAUCUCAAACGACGUUUGCCUAUGUAUAAAUCUGAUAUACUCGAUGGUUUAAAUACCGAAACCUUAGCAGCUACAAUAUUCAUGUAUUUCGCUUGCUUAUCAACUGCUAUUACUUUUGGUGGUUUAGUUUCCGACAAAACGCAUAAUUCAAUUGGCAUCUCAGAAACACUUUUGGCUGCAUCAGUUUGCGGUGUCAUCUUCCACUCCAUAGCUGGACAACCACUUGUAAUUAUUGGCACAACUGGUCCUCUAUUAUUGUUCGAUGAAGCUUUAAUGAAUUUCUGUCAAGAAAACGGUUUUAAUUUUCUAACAAUACGCGCAUACAUAGGUAUAUGGUUGGCCAUUAUUGCAAUGGUUGUAUCGGCUUUUGAAGGCAGUGUCUACGUUCGCUUACUAACACGUUUCACACAGGAAAUAUUCUCCGCUCUGAUAACAUUGAUUUAUAUUAUAGAAACUAUAAUGAAAUUAGUUUCCGUAUACAAAAAUAAUCCCUUAUUGGCUGAUUAUAAUUUACCACCACCUACACUAGCUCAUACCGACUUUGAUCAUCUAACAGACUUGGGCAAUGGAACAAUGCACUUUAGCAAUAUGACAGCCCAAACAAUAUCAAACACAAGUUUACCUGUACAACCACCAAAAAUCCCUACUAAUAUGCCCAAUACAGCUUUAUUUUGCACAAUACUCACUUUGGGUACAUUUACUGUUGCUUACUACUUAAAACUAUUCCGUAAUUCUCAUUUCUUGGGACGUAAUGCACGUCGUGCGCUCGGUGACUUUGGUGUACCUAUUGCGAUUGCUUUGUUUGUUGCUAUGGAUUAUUUUAUACCACAGGUAUAUACAGAAAAACUUAGUGUUCCCGAAGGUAUUUCACCAAGUAAUCCAGAACGCACAAGUUGGCUAGUGGAACUGGGAAAUGUACCCACUUGGAUACCAUUUUUAGCUGGUAUACCAGCUUUAUUGGUUUACAUUUUAAUUUUCAUGGAAUCACACAUCUCCGAACUUAUUGUGGAUAAACCAGAUCGCGGCUUAAAGAAGGGCUCUGGACUUCAUUUUGAUAUUGUCUUAUUGUCAUGCUUAAACACUUUUUGCGGAUUCUGUGGAAUGCCUUGGCAUUGUGCGGCUACAGUACGUUCAGUAGCACACGUUUCUGCUUUAACCAUCAUGUCAAGAACUCAUGCUCCUGGUGAAUCUGCACGUAUUAUUGAUGUGAAAGAACAACGUUUAUCCGGUUUCUUUGUGGCUUUAAUGAUUGGGUUAUCCGUAACAAUGGCACCACUAUUACGACUCAUACCAAUGGCAGUACUAUUCGGUGUAUUUCUUUAUAUGGGUAUAGCUUCAAUGAGUGGCGUACAAUUCUUUGAAAGAGUGAGACUCUACUUUGUGCCUGUGAAGCAUUAUCCACCAACGCCGUACGUUAAACGUGUGCCCACAUGGAAGAUGCAUUUAUUCACUACUGUUCAAGUGAUUUGCUUAAGUACACUAUGGGCAGUAAAAUCGUCAAAAAUAUCAUUGGCUUUUCCUUUCUUCUUGAUUUUAAUGGUGCCAAUUAGACAAAGACUAGCUGCUCUAUAUAAACCGGAAGAAAUGGAAGCGUUGGAUGGCAGUGAGAAGAAAUCACAACAAGACGAACCAGAUUUUUAUGAAGAAGCUACAAUACCGGCUUAAACCAUAAGCGAAAAUUGAACCUAUUUAUUCGUAUAUACGUCGAGAAUAUUAAUUAAACAAACUAAAAUUAAAAAUA